AUGAAGGUGCUCGGGAGUGCAAUUGCGACUGCGCUUCUCGCCGCAGGAGCUUGCGCGGAGCCGGUCCCGUUGGCUGCGAAGGCGCCGAUUGUUGAUCUGGGCUAUGCCGUCUACGAGGGAAAUUACGAUAGUAACAACAGCAUCAAUGUUUUCAAAGGAAUCCGUUAUGCCGCUCCACCUCUUGGGAAGCUCAGGUUUGCCGCUCCGCAGGCCCCGGUAAAGAACAGGACUACAACAGCAGCACUUGCCAAUCCACCGAUUUGCCCACAGACUGGCGCCUCAAUACUAACGGCUCCUGAGUAUGGCUUCACGUCGGCACUUGGAAAUGAGGACUGUCUAUUUCUGAAUGUGUAUGCCCCUGCCAAUGCGAAGAACUUGCCCGUGUUCUUCUGGAUCCAUGGUGGAGGUUACGGUCUAUUCAGUGCUACCGGUCUUAACCCAACCGAAUUCAUGACUACCAACAAUAACGGCUUCAUCAGCGUUAUCAUCCAAUACCGCCUCGGUGCCUUCGGGUUCCUCGCAGGCGAUGACGUCAAGGAAGACGGCACACUCAAUGCCGGCCUGCUAGACAUGAACUUUGCCCUGAAGUGGGUACAGAGCAACAUUGGCAAAUUCGGCGGUGACCCAAGCAAAGUCACCCUUGCUGGAGAGAGCGCUGGAGCGGCCGCAACUCUCUACCAAGCCCUGGCAUACGGCGGCAAGCAGAGGGAGAAUCUGUUUCAGAACGUUAUCACUGCCAGCCCUUGGAUUCCUGUUCAGCACAAUUAUAAUGACGAGGAGCCCACUGAGUCUUAUAAUAGCUUUGCUGAGUAUGCCGGGUGCUCCAAGGCAAACGACACGCUGAAAUGCCUCCGCGACGCAGACACCGUCGUCCUGCAAAACGCCAGCGCCAAAGUCUCGGAAGCGGGACCCUUUGGUACAUUCGCUUUCCUCCCUGUCACGGACGGUUCUUUCGUCAAAGACCGCGUGAGCAAGCAACUUCUCUCCAAAGCGCUCAAGGGAAAGCGCGUCCUAUCCGGCAAUAUGGCGAACGAAGGCGUGCCACUCGCACCCCCAAGCACCCGCACGCUUCAGGACUUCAGAGACUACAUCUCGACCACUUUCCCCGAAUUUUCGCAGGCCGAAAAAGCCGCCAUCGAAAAGCAAUAUAGCUAUGCAGGCGAUGACCAAGAUGUAGAUCCUAACGCGCCGAAAUUCGCUACGACUGGGACCGGCAUUCCUACCGCGGUCAAUGUAUCGCAGUUCGGCUCGGGACAACAGCAACGUGUCUUCAACGUCUUCGCUGAGUAUGCCUUCGUCUGCCCUUCCUACUGGGCUGCUUCUGCCUUCCCCCAGGGCUGGAAGUACCAGUUCAGCGUCCCUCCCUCGUACCACGGGUACGAUCUGCAGGCGCUCUGGUCUGGCACAGCUACCCCAGGAGCAUCAUUCAAGCACGCCUUCCGCAAGAUAUGGGGCAGCUUUAUCAUCACGAACUCGCCCGUCAUUAGCGUCGAGGAUGCAAAGGGCGGUGUUGCGAGCAGCAUUGUCCCACCUGGAGAUGGGUAUGGAGGCGGCGGCAAGAUUCAGUGGCCGCAGUGGGACGACAAGAAGCCUGUACUUCUGAACUUGAAUGCUACCGGUGGCGUGGCGACGUUUCUCAAUGUGACGCAGUACUUGCAGUACAAUAUUUACCGCGACCCGGGCGUUUCAAAUCGCAUCAACCUGGCCGAUGCGAACGCGUGGGAGGGAGGCCGAGGAAAGCGCUGCGAUUUCUGGAAGAGCGUUGCAGCGAGGAUUCCUUAUUAG